UAUACUACCCGAUAAGAAUGAGGAAUACGGGAGCAGGGAAUAUUGGUAGUCAGCUCGCCUUCCAGCAGUCGUCCAACACUCAAAUUUCGCCAGGGAUGCUAGAUAUUCGAAAGAAGAAGAAGAGCCUAACUUUGACUGGUGUCAAAACUACGCGAACGUUGCGGUCACCUUGAGGGAAUUGAUACCGAAUAAAUCAGCAAAAAUCAUCAUGCUAGGCUGUGGCAACAGCAAGCUAUCAGAGGACAUGUGGGAUGAUGGGUACCACAACAUUGUUAACAUAGAUUAUUCCCCAGUCGUCAUCGAGCAGAUGCGACGAAGAAACAACGAGCUACGGCCUCAAAUGGAGUGGCACGAGAUGGACAUCCGUGACUUGCAAUUUCGUGACGCAUCCUUCGACAUCGCGAUAGACAAGGCAACUAUGGACGCGAUGCUGACGUACAAAGGAGAUCCUUGGAACCCGCCAGAGAACGUUGUCGAGGAUUGCAUGAGGGAGGUCGACGAGGUCGUCAGAGUCCUUCGCCCAGGUGGCACCUUCAUCUACUUGACCUUCGGCCAGCCGCAUUUCCGGAAGCGCUACCUCGCCCAGCGCCCGGGCACGACACUCGAGGUUCGCGAGCUCGGCGACACGUGGAAUUACUACCUGUACAUCCUGCGCAAGCAAGAGUAGUAGAAGCGGCCUGUACACGGGAGCCUGCUGGCAUGCGACUAGAACAAGAACUUGACAUUCCCGUAGAACUCGAGCAUGGCGUUCUCGCCGUUGCGCAUGCGCGUCUUGGAGAGGUCGGCGUAGGUCUCGAGGAACUCUGCGUGUGUGAACACCUGGCUCUUGUGCUCGCCGACGGGGAGGCCGGUGGCAGAGACGACGCCAUCGAGCGGUGCGCGGCGGCCGCGGGGUACGCCGGACG